AUAGAGGGAGAAAUGGAUACAGAAACAAAGGCUGAACUAUCUAGAACAUCCUCUUCAUCAUCAUUCUCAUCACAGACUGGUAGUCUAAGAGAGAAGGAAAAGAGGAGGAGUAGUAUAUUGAGUAUAUUCAAAGAGAAGGAGAAAGAGAAGGAGAAAGAGAAAGAAAAAGAGAAAGAGAAGGAGAGAGAUAGAGAGAAAGAGAAAGAAAGAGAGAAAGAAAGAGAGAAGGAGAAAGAGAAAGAGAUUGAAGAUAAGAAACAACAAAAGGAUGAUCAUAAGAAAGAGAAGAAGGAUAGAGAGCGUGAGGAGAAGGAGAGGGAACGUGAAAGAGAGAAGUUACAAAAGGAGGAGAAGAAGCGUGCAAAGGAGUUGAUUGAGAAGGAGAAGGAGGAGGAAAAGGCAAAGCUGUUGAGGGAGAAGGAGAGGGCAAAGGAGGAGUACGCCAUGCUAAAGGAGAAGAUCAAACAGAAGGAGAAGGAUUUGAAGAAGAAGAAGAAGGAGUUGGAUAAAGAUAAAGAUAAGGACAAGGACAGGGACAACACAUUACAACUUACACAUGAGAGUGGAACUGCCAGUCCAUCAUGGGAUAUGGCCUCAGAUGCAUCACUCUCAGAGGACAACACAUCACCGCGCAGUCAUACCUCGUCUUCAGCGCAUGUCACAUCGCCAGAGAAGCAGCCCUCAGCAACAGAGACAAGCAACUCAACAUCAUCAUCAUCCAAUGUACAUAUGAUAGCCAACCCAAAGAAGCACUCAACAGUCGCCAUACCAUCACUGUUGAACAAGAUACCUGGUGGCGGCGAGGGCAGUGGUAACACAGGCAGCGGCAUAUCUGGCACAGGCACGCUUGGGCAACACAGAGGCGCAUUCAUUCAGAAGUCACCCAGAGGAAACGUGUCCAACAAGAGCACUUCAACAGACAACGACUUUACAUACUCUGAAGACGAUGACUCGACCACAAAUCCACCAACAUUGGUCGAGCACUCAUCAUCGCUCUCUGAUAGCUUCGCGAUGGCUCAUCAACAGCAGCAGCAGCAACACAAUGGAGUGGUGCCACCAACCUUGGUCGUGUCCCAGCCCAACUCCUCGUCGCCAGUGUCUGCUUCUCCCCCGACGCACACUGCAACCUCACCACAGGACGAGACGAGCACAUUCCUCAAUGAAGCACUGGCAUUCUCCGAGGAGACCAUGGGCAAGUCUGCAUUGUACAAACGGAUGAUGGAGGACUUUUACGAGAAGAUCGAUCAAUGUAUACUCUCGGGACAGCACUACAAUCCAUUGGUUGAGAAGCGACGAGCACAAGCUCAACGCAACGCCAUUCUCAAGAACAUGCGAAGAGGAUCGUCACCGAGUGGCGAGGACCACAAACGAUCAUUCUCAACAACAGCGGCGCCACAGGACCUGCGGAACCUGGCCAUGCUGCACGAGCAGCAGAUGUCCGGACGCACCGGCUCCUCGUCUACCGACCACUCACCGCCAAGUGGUGGAGGUGGUUCGAACAAUCAUUCUCCAUCAUUCAAUCUCAAGUCUUCUUACGACUCGCUCAUGCCCCAAUCGGGACAGCAACAUGGCCAGCACACGUCCGAGACGUCUCAACAGGAGCAUCAUGGUCAUGGAAGUCACAAUCGUCACAAUCUCCUCACAUUCCUCAAUAGCAACAGCAAUAGCAAUAGUGGCGCCAACAAUGAGAAGAAACAAAGGAGGGGUGUUUUGAAGAGGACAUUCAAUCCAAAUCGACUAUCAUUGACAUUAUCACAAGCACAGCGCACAACAAUCAACUCAGCACAACAACAACAACAUGAGAGCAGACCACUGACGGACAAGUUCCUCCCCUUUGACAGUGGCAGGCUGAAAAGGAUCUUGCCCAACAUGCGCAACCUCCCUUCGAUCCCCAUGCCCAACUUCCAACUACUGCCCAAGCGCAAGAAAGAGCCCAACACCACCGAGUUCAAGAAGGACAUCGAUUCCCUACUACAAGUGCUCGAGUCUGAUGCGCCACAGAGCACAGACUAUGAGUCACCUUAUACAUUCAGUGAGUAUCCAAUGAUUGGACAGAGAUACACUACCCAACCGGCCACACCACUGACACCCCUCUUU